AUGGUUAUACAAGCGAUUGCAUGGUUAUUUGUAGCCUUCGUGCUUCCAAUCUGUGUAGUAGCAGCUCCUCAAACCCUCGUCUCCAGUCAACUGGACGUCGAUGACAGCCCUCUUUCUAUCAACCUCACCGCCAUAGAUUCCUACCAAACUCGCCCCGGAGUCGUCACGUGCUACAGCCCAAAUGACAUUAUCUUCACACCUGAGCCUGUCGAUUACACCUGGGAAGCCUGCGAGCAUGCAAUUUAUCUCCUCGGAAAUCAUUUGAAGAGCAAAGCGCCGAUGCGCUGGUGGUGGACUGAAAGCGGGAACAGACCCGCCAGUAUUGAGGAACCGGCCUUUCAGUUGCCGUUGAUGAACCAGAAAGAGCCAAAGACGUGCCUGCUCCUGAUGAUAUCCACGGCCCAGCUCAGCGCCGUAUCCACAUCUCAGAUGGGCAAAGCUAGUGAUAUCGGAUGGAGGCCUGGAUGGGGUAAUAGACCACCAGCAGGUCAGCCGUCGAGCUUUUUGGUCGCACGAGAGGAGAUCAUAAUGGGAUUUUGGGAGAUUUUGGGUUGUUUGAAUACUGCACAUGGGAAAGAGGGUGCUGGGCAUAAGACUCUAGAAACCUGGUGGACCGACCCAGCCGCCGUCUCCAAGCUACGAUCGCCACUUGAGCCAAGUGUUCCGUCUACCCGAAACAACCAGCAUCUCGUAACCAAUCAAACGUUUCUUCCUCCACUUGUUGGUUGCAAUGGUCUUGAUAGAAUGACGAUAACGAUCGCCUCAGUCGGUAUAUGUAAGCGUCCAGUAAUGUGGAAACAGCUUUUCCCACUUCCUGCACUCGCUGACAUGACUACUACCAAAACCCUCCUCACGCUCGUUCCUUACCUCAUCACACUCACUUAUGGCAGCCCGAUCUCACCCAACGGCUCCUCGCUCUCUACCCUCGAGGAUGAUCCCGACCAGCCCAUCACAGUUGAUUGCUUCAAGUCCACGCACGACCCAGCGCCCACUUACCACGAUUGCUGGGAAGUAGCCGACACGAUCCUCUCCUAUGAUAAACUCGGCAUGGUCACCUUCACCGACUCCCUAACUGGCACUACAAUCAACACCAACACCUCGUCCACGGAAGAUGCUGCGCCUCCCACAAUCACAGCGGACUCCGGCACAACACAGAAGAAAUCACGCGAUGUGGGAGGGCCUUUGAACCCGCAGUAUACACUGUACACGCCAUUCUACGUCGUGCAUGAAUCGUGCAGGGCGACGAUUACGCUGCAGCCGCCUAACAAGAGCUUCGUGGCGAGCUUCGCGUGGAUUGCGAAGAGGACGUGGAUGACGCUUGAUGAUUGCGUUCAUGGGAGUGCGAAGAGGGGUGGGGAGAGUAAGGUGGGUGGUGGGCUUGAUAUCACGAUGGGAUAUAACCAUCAUUGA